ACUCAUCCAUUCAUCUGUCUUCAAAGGAAAAUUUAGACGUAGUUUUGCACUUUAUUACAAAGUGUAAAUAUUGAAUUCAUUUUUUAAUAUCAGGAAACGUCUCGUUGCUACUUGUCAAAAAGUUUAACUUAUGCUAAUAUGACAAAAAUCCUCUUAGCGCACAGCGUUGUUAAAUCUCUGAGACAAGGAUGUGUGUUUGGCGGAAGAGUAGGAAACACGUCGGCCCUGCUGAGACUCCAAACUACUAAACUUUUUAGUGUCAAGGCCCAGACAGCCCACCUGGUCUUGGAGGAUGGCACCAGGAUGAAAGGAUUUUCCUUUGGGCACGAUGCCUCUGUAGCAGGGGAGCUCGUCUUCAAUACCGGCCUGGUGGGGUAUCCCGAGGCCCUGACUGACCCCAGCUACAGAGGUCAGAUCCUGACUCUGACCUACCCUAUUGUGGGAAACUACGGGGUGCCCAAUAACCAUGAGCUGGACAAGGUGGGCCUGAGAAAACAUGUGGAGUCAGAUCGCAUCCAGGUAUCCGGUCUUCUAGUUCAAGACUACAGUCACGAGUACAGCCACUGGAACUCUGUCAAGUCUCUGGGACAAUGGCUCCAAGAGGAGAAGGUUCCUGCACUGUUUGGAGUAGACACCAGAAUGCUGACCAAGAUAAUCAGAGAUAAGGGCACAGCUUUGGGGAAGAUUGAAUUUGAUGGGCAGCCUGUUGAGAUAUCUGACCCUAAUCAAAAAAACCUUGUAGCUGAGGUCUCAACCAAGGAAAUCCAAGUUUUCGGAAAAGGAAACCCAGUAAAAGUGGUGGCUGUUGAUUGUGGUAUUAAACACAACAUCAUUCGCCUGCUGGUUAAGAGGGGUGCAGAGGUGCACCUUGUACCGUGGGAUCAGGACUUGAUGAGUCUAGACUACGACGGCCUCUUCAUCUCCAAUGGACCAGGAGAUCCGUCUCUGGCUCAGACACUGAUCCACAAUGUCCGCAAGGUGCUGGAGAGUGAUCGCCCCCAGCCAGUGUUUGGGAUCUGUAUGGGCAACCAGAUCACUGCUCUGGCUGCAGGAGCUCAAUCUUAUAAGCUGCCUAUGGGCAACAGGGGCCAGAACCAGCCAGUGCUGAAUGUGAUGACGGGUCAGGCCUUCAUUACAGCGCAGAACCACGGCUACGGUAUCGACAGCCAGUCCCUGCCCCCAGGGUGGAGCCCGCUUUUCAUCAACGCCAACGAUGGCACCAAUGAGGGCAUCAUGCACAACACUAAGCCUGUUUUCACGGCCCAGUUCCACCCGGAGGCUAAAGGCGGUCCCACUGACACAGAGUACCUCUUUGAUGCCUUCAUGUCCCUGAUCAAGAAAGGAAAAGAUGCCAAUAUAUUUUCAGUAAUGCCGAAGAAGCCAGACAUUCCGCCCAGAGCCCAGGUGUCAAAGGUGCUUGUACUGGGUUCUGGUGGUCUGUCUAUUGGGCAGGCUGGAGAGUUUGACUACUCUGGAUCUCAGGCCGUCAAGGCCAUGAAGGAGGAGAACCUGAAGACCGUGCUCAUGAACCCAAACAUCGCCUCGGUCCAGACCAAUGAAGUGGGCACCAAGCAGGCCGACUCAGUCUACUUCCUGCCCGUCACGCCAGAGUUUGUAACUGAAGUCAUCAAGACCGAGCGUCCAGAUGGCAUCCUGCUCUCCAUGGGUGGACAGACUGCACUCAACUGCGGAGUUGAAUUAUUCCAGCGUGGUGUCCUGGAGCAGUAUGGUGUGAAGGUCCUGGGAACCCCGGUGGAGUCGAUCAUGGCCACAGAGGACCGACAGCUUUUUGCUGACAAACUGAUGGAGAUCAAUGAGAAGAUUGCACCUAGUUUUGCUGUGGCAUCUGUAUCUGAUGCCUUGAAUGCGGCAGAGCAGAUCGGCUACCCAGUGAUGCUACGGUCGGCCUAUGCUCUUGGAGGUCUGGGAUCCGGUCUGUGUGCCAAUAAAGAAAGGCUGGAGGAAACUGCCCACAAGGCUCUGGCUAUGAGCAGUCAGAUCCUGGUGGAGAAGUCUUUGCUGGGCUGGAAGGAGGUGGAAUAUGAGGUGGUGAGAGACGUGGCUGAUAACUGCGUCACCGUCUGCAACAUGGAGAACUUUGACCCAUUGGGCAUUCACACAGGUGACUCCAUAGUGGUGGCACCGAGUCAGACCUUGUCCAACGAGGAGUACCACAUGCUCCGUGAGACGGCCAUCAAAGUGGUUCGUCACCUUGGCAUCAUAGGCGAAUGCAACAUCCAGUAUGCCCUACACCCGUCAUCCCUGGAGUACUGCAUCAUUGAGGUUAACGCCAGGCUCUCCAGAAGCUCCGCUCUGGCAUCCAAAGCCACUGGGUAUCCCUUAGCUUUUGUUGCUGCUAAGCUGGCUUUGGGUAUUCCCCUACCGGAGAUUAAGAACGCUGUAUCGGAAAAGACCACCGCCUGCUUUGAGCCCAGUCUGGACUACAUCGUCACCAAGAUUCCCCGCUGGGACCUGGACCGCUUUCAGGGCAUGUCUCAUGAGAUAGGCAGCGCCAUGAAGAGUGUGGGAGAGGUUAUGGCAGUUGGCCGGACCUUUGAGGAGAGUGUGCAGAAGGCCCUGAGGAUGUGUCAUCCAUCAGUGGAUGGCUUUGUGCCCCGGCUGCCACUCAAGAAAGCCUGGGAUGACACCCAGGACCUGCAGCAGGAGUUGGCUGUGCCCUCCAUCACCCGCAUCUUCUCCCUCGCCAAGGCCCUCCACAGUGGUAUGAGUGUUGAUCAGAUCCACCAGCUGACAGCCAUAGACAAGUGGUUCCUCCACAAACUCAACAGGAUAACUCAGCUGGAGCAGCACCUGGCAAACUACAAGAGUACCAUAGUACCCAAGGAGCUGCUGCUGAAGGCCAAGCAGGACGGCUUCUCAGACCGGCAGCUUGGUCAGAUACUGGGCUCCAAUGAGAGAGGAGCCAGAGAGCUGAGGCACAGUCACGGCAUCAGACCAUGGGUCAAACAGAUUGACACCUUGGCAGCAGAGUAUCCAGCAAUGACCAACUACCUGUAUUGUACCUAUCAUGGGCAGGAGCAUGACCUGGACUUUGUAGACCAGGGAAUUAUGGUUCUUGGUUGCGGGCCCUACCACAUUGGGAGCAGUGUUGAGUUUGACUGGUGCGCGGUGUCCAGCAUCAGAGCUUUGAGGCAGAUGGGCAAGAAGACAGUGGUGGUGAACCACAACCCUGAGACGGUCAGCACCGACUUUGACGAGUGUGACCGUCUUUACUUUGAGGAGCUGACCCUGGAACGCAUCCUGGAUAUCACCCAACAGGAGGGUUGCUCUGGAAGCAUUGUGUCAGUCGGAGGCCAGAUCCCAAACAACCUGGCUGUCCCGUUGCACCUCAAUGGGGUAAAGAUUCUGGGAACGAGCCCCCUGCAGAUCGACCGGGCUGAGGAACGCUCCAUCUUUUCCAGUAUACUCGAUGACCUCAGGGUGGCCCAAGCCCCAUGGAGGGCCCUCAGCUCCCUGGAAGAUGCCUUCACCUUUGCCAACCAGGUGGGCUACCCCUGUCUGCUGCGCCCCUCCUAUGUUCUCAGUGGUUCUGCCAUGAACGUUGCGUACGGAGAAGAGGAGAUGAAACGCUUCUUGGAGGAGGCCACUCAGGUGUCCCAGGAGCACCCAGUAGUCAUUACCAAGUUCAUCCGCGGUGCCAGGGAAGUAGAGGUGGAUGCUGUAGCCAAAGGUGGCAAGGUUCUGGUUCACGCCAUAACAGAGCAUGUGGAAGAUGCGGGGGUACACUCAGGAGAUGCUACCCUUAUGCUCCCAACCCAGACUAUUAGCCAGGGGGCGCUAGAAAAGGUUAAGAUUGCCACCCGGAAAAUUGCACAAGCAUUUGAAAUUUCGGGGCCCUUUAACACUCAAUUUCUGGUUAAAGGCAAUGAUGUCAUGGUGAUAGAGUGUAAUCUGCGGGCAUCACGCUCCUUCCCUUUUGUGUCAAAAACAAUCGGUGUGGACUUUAUCAACGUGGCAACCAAAGUGAUGGUGGGCGAGCCUUUGGAUGAGGCCAGCCUGCCCUCGCUGGAGAAACCAAUCAUCCCUAUAGACUAUGUCGGCAUCAAGGCACCAAUGUUCUCUUGGCCACGUCUGAGGGAAGCAGACCCUGUGCUUCGCUGUGAGAUGGCCUCCACUGGAGAAGUAGCUUGUUUUGGACCAAACAUUUAUUCAGCCUUCCUGAAGGCUAUGCUCUCCACAGGCUUCAAGCUACCACAGAAGGGCAUCCUGAUUGGGAUUCAGCAUUCGUUCCGACCCAAUUUCCUGGCUACAGCCCACCAGCUGAAAGAGGAAGGAUUCAAGCUCUAUGCCACUGAAGCCACGUCUGGCUGGCUGUGUGCCAAUGAUGUACCUGCCACUCCAGUUGCCUGGCCCAGUAGCAAGGAAGGAGACACCAGUUUUCCCAGUAUUAAGAGACUGAUCAGCGAGGGUCAUAUCGACCUGGUGGUGAACUUGCCCAAUAACAACACACGCCACCUGAAGGACAACUUCGCCAUUCGCAGGAUGGCUGUCGACCACGGUGUUCCCCUCAUUACCAAUUACCAGGUGGUGAAGCUGUUUGCAGAGGCUAUCCUCCAUGCAGGUGAGCUCGACACCACCAGCCUCUUUCACUACCGGCAGAAAGAAAGCCAACGAGGGGCCACCCAGCAGGGGUAAAGCUUCCUUCCAUUCCCUUGGGAUUCCUUUGUAAAACAGCAGCAUCAGUUGGGAGCAAAUGUUCAGAAUAUGGUUUCUUGAAGUUCUUCUGUUUUACCAUCCUGUUGUGUCAGGAAGGAGUGGAGUUAUUUCAGUGGUAAGAGUUGCAGUCUGAUUAAAAUACUGUCAUUAACGAUGUUGAUGCGUUUAUAAGCGUUUUAUAAGUUGUAACUAUUUUUUUUUUUAUUACUUAUCAAUUAAUUAAUUCAUUAAUGUUUUACAGAUAACAAACAUUGACAAAUUUUGGGUUGCCAGGUUGUGAAAAGUCUCUAGUUGGUGUCAAUCCUCCAACAGGACACUGAUUAAUGGUAAUAACUAAGAAAGGGUUUUUACAGUAAGGAAAGUCUUGCAUUGUUAAUAUUAAAAUGCUGUCAAAAGAAAUGGAUUGUGGAGCAGAUGUUCUGCAGGUGUUUCUCUGAAGGUCAAAUGGACUCUUACAGGAAGCCUCUUGCCUGUGUCUUGCUUGAGGAUUAACACCAGCUAGAGGAAUGUUUGACAACCUGUCAGUCCAAAAAUUGUUCUUAUAAAUGUCUUAUGAGCAAUAAGGCAUGAAAGAAUUCAUUAUUAUUGAUAAACAGUUACAACUUCUAACUCACUUUAAAGUGCGACUUCAGUGGUACCAGAGAGAGUAAUUACAUAUUUCACUUAUACAAGUCCAUGAGGGCAUUGUUGCAAGUGUGUAAGUGUUUCUUACUGCCUUUUUUUUUCCUUUUAUUUGAGAUCAGUGGUUUAUUUUCUUUGUAUUAUUUUUAUUCUUGGGGCCUCUUUAACUGUGAUUAAAUAGUUUUAUUUUCACUGUGCUCAUUUUAAUUCCAAUUUUUUGACCAGUUUGCUUUUCUAUUUAUUUGGUCUCAUUCAUACAUUCUGUUUUAGACUUCAAAUAAUGAUGAAAAUGCACCAUAUAGUAAACAUGUACUAUAUGCAUGCCCCUUAACAAUAUAUACAUUAAGGUAAUGUAGCUGUAAUGAAUAUAUGAUGUAAUGUAAGAAGGAUAAUAAGGAACUUUUAUUGUUCAAGAGGUCCAGCCUGGAGCCCAAAGCUUUAAAGUUUGAAGUUGAUGACAACUGAUCUGUUUAUAUAUUUGGAUUUUGUGUGUGUAUACUGUAUUUUUCAAACUGAAUCUGUGUUUCAACCUGCUCUGCAUUUUAAAACAUCCUACUCCAAAUGUGUUAAAGUGUACACUGCAUAGCAAUACAUUUUGUUGUUGUUUCUGCUUAUGUUUGUGUUAUAUAAGAAUCCACUGAAAUGCAAAGUCUUAUCUCACAUGAUUUCUGUGCGUGUGUGUGUUUGUGUGUGUUUGUACUGGACAUGCAUUAAAAUCAGCAUGCC